AGGCGCUUUUCAUUUUCGAAGUCGGUCUUGGACGAAGGUUUUCUUUUUGCGCACUCCACCAGCAGAAGCAGCAGCAGCGUCCUCAAGGAAGAAGAAGAAGAACCCUAAGUCGAGUCACCACCUGCAAGAUGAGUCGCGGAAGUGGGGGUGGAUACGAUCGCCACAUCACGAUCUUCUCUCCCGAAGGCCGUCUCUUUCAAGUAGAGUAUGCUUUUAAGGCAGUUAAGGCUGCUGGAAUCACCUCGAUUGGUGUCCGAGGGAGAGACUCGGUUUGUGUAGUCACUCAAAAGAAGGUCCCGGACAAGCUUCUAGAUCAGACAAGUGUGACACAUCUUUUUCCUAUCACGAAGUUCCUUGGCUUGCUAGCUACUGGAAUGACGGCUGAUGCUAGGACAUUGGUUCAGCAAGCACGGAAUGAGGCAGCUGAAUUCCGCUUCAGAUAUGGCUACGAGAUGCCUGUGGAUGUAUUGGCAAAAUGGAUAGCGGACAAGUCCCAAAUUUAUACUCAACAUGCUUAUAUGAGACCACUGGGAGUAGUUGCAAUGGUCUUGGGCAUUGAUGAAGAGUUUGGACCGAGAUUGUACAAAUGUGACCCUGCUGGCCACUUCUUUGGACAUAAGGCUACGAGUGCUGGAUCAAAAGAGCAAGAGGCAAUUAAUUUCUUGGAAAAGAAAAUGAAGAAUGAUCCUGCAUUUUCAUACGAGGAGACAGUGCAGACUACAAUUUCAGCCUUGCAAUCUGUUCUACAAGAGGAUUUUAAGGCUAAUGAGAUUGAGGUCGGGGUGGUGAGGAGUGAUAACCCAGUCUUCAGGGUUUUGUCCACUGAGGAAAUCGACGAGCACUUGACUGCAAUUAGCGAGCGCGACUAAGCGCGGGGUGAACCUGUUUGAGAAAUGCAUGUCCGAGUAUUUCGUGUUUCCGAAGAUCCUAUGGAGUUUAUCUACAAUUAUCCAGGGGAUGCCAUUUGUUGGUUUUCCAUUUCUGUUAUUGCAAAGUUUGUAACAUUUGUUUAUGAAAUUCUAGUUUCAGAUGACAAUUAAAAAGCGUGGUGGAUAGUAAGGAAGCAGUGAGAACUAUUCGAUCUA